AUGCUCGCAGGACUCGCGAUCUUCACCAGCCCUUGCAUGGAGUACCUUGAGUUCACCAAAAACUACACCGCGCUCGGAGAUGUCUACCGCGUCUACGAGAAGGAAGUGGCCGACGCCAUCUCCGAAGAAGCCCGCGCCUUGGAUCGGAUCCUCGGUCUGAUGAGCGGCACCAUUGAGGGCGACGCCGACGACCUCGAACGUGCGGAAUGGCGAUUCAGCAACCUGCGCUCUCUGCACAUGCUGGAGGGCGUCAGCGUCGUCAUGCUGCGCAGGAAGAGGGAGGCGGCGGCGGUUGCAGAUACUCACACCGUUGACUGCAAGGUAGACCGCUCUGCUUCUCCGACGUCCACCUCUUCCACAGCGCGGGCUCCCAGGGUCGACUUCAAGCUCAGGUUGCCCGCGCUUCCGAAGCUUCCUUCGUCUUCAAGGAGGCUGCGGAGGAUGACGCGUCUGCUGCGGGGUUCUAACCGAGUUCAAGUUCAAGUGCUUGAGAAGGAAGCCGAGGUGCUUGCUAAGCUCCAGGCCCUCAUCGAUCACGGAGUUUCCUUCCACCCCGAGCAGGUUGCGGAUCGGUACGCGGCAAGAUACGGGGAUGAGUACUACAUGUUCGUCAUCAAAGCCCUGGCGAGGAGAGGCUGCGGCGCGAGUCUCACAGGCACCGUGCCCCUCCACGCGCUCGAAGGGGUCGACGUCGUCGGCGUCGGCCCUGGAGGAGGUGGCACCAUCCCCUAUCUUCCGCACGCCGCCGACACAGAAGCACAGAAGACGAAACCGAUGCGGAGUCGAGAGCGGGACGCCGCGAUCGCCUGGGAUUCCUCCAGCAACCCAACAAUUUGCCUCGGCGACGUCGGUGCGCCGGCUUGCAGGCCGGGAUGUUCGGCCGAGUUCGGGACGCCGGGCUCGAUCGACGUCCACGCGUCUGCCUCGAAAAAAGGGGGUUGGAUGGAGUUGGAAUGGGGAGAGUGGCUUAGAUAG